GAAUGAAAAAUCCUCGUGGCCCGUCCACGGUCCGGGAGCAGCCCACCACAAGGCAGCGCCCGAAGCGGAUCCUGGCCGCCCGCUAGCUUUUACACGCGCCGCGGAGCGUCUCGCCCUCGCAUCAACCCCUCACCGGCGGCGGCUCCUCUCCCCUCCCCCCUCCACCGCCUCCCCGCCUCCGCGCCCCCGUGAUCUAGGCUCGCAGGAGACCAUGUAUCGCGCCGCGGGGAGCCAUCUCCGCUCCCUCAAGCAUCAUGGUGCUAGUAGGUUUGCUAGCACAAGUGUGGUGAAGCAGUCUUCAGGUGGUCUGUUUAGCUGGCUUCUUGGCGGAGGCUCAGGCCAACUUCCUCCUCUUGAUGUUCCGCUCCCAGGCAUUACAAUUCCUCCACCCCUACCAGAUUUUGUUGAGCAAUCCAAGACAAAAAUCACUACUCUUCCAAAUGGCAUUAAGAUUGCAUCAGAGACAUCACCGGGCGCGGCUGCAUCAGUGGGUUUGUACAUUGACUGUGGUUCUAUUUAUGAAACACCUGCUUCAUCUGGAGCAUCACAUCUAUUGGAGAGAAUGGCCUUCAGGAGCACAACAAAUCGGAGUCACCUGCGGCUAGUUCGUGAGGUAGAAGCCAUCGGAGGAAAUGUCUCUGCAUCUGCUUCUCGUGAACAAAUGAGCUAUACCUAUGAUGCACUGAAGAGUUAUGCACCAGAGAUGGUUGAAGUUCUCGUUGACAGUGUGAGGAAUCCAGCAUUCUUAGAGUGGGAGGUCAAAGAACAGCUCCAGAAGAUAAAGUCUGAAAUAUCUGAAGUGUCUAGUAAUCCACAAGGUCUACUAUUGGAGGCACUUCAUUCGGCUGGAUAUUCUGGGGCACUGGCGAAACCUCUGAUGGCUACAGAAUCCGCAAUAACCAGAUUGGAUAUUAGUACCUUGGAGGAAUUCAUUCAUGAAAAUUACACUGCUCCCAGAAUUGUUCUUGCAGCAUCAGGACUUGAACAUGAUGAGUUGGUUUCGAUUGCGGAACCACUGCUCUCAGACCUUCCCGGUGUGAAACGUCACGAGGAGCCAAAGUCGGUGUAUGUGGGUGGGGACUAUCGUUGCCAAGCAGAUUCUCCAAAUACACACAUAGCACUUGCUUUUGAGGUGCCAGGUGGCUGGCGCCAAGAGAAAACUGCAAUGAUUGUGACUGUGCUUCAGAUGCUCAUGGGAGGAGGGGGGUCUUUCUCUGUUGGUGGCCCUGGGAAGGGAAUGCAUUCUCGAUUGUAUCUCCGUGUCUUGAACAAGUAUGAGCAGAUCGAGUCAUUCUCUGCUUUCAACAGUAUCUACAAUGAUUCAGGUCUUUUCGGAAUUCAUGCAGCCACUAGCCCAGAGUUUGCAUCAAAGGCUGUGGAUUUGGCAGCCGGGGAACUCCUUGAAGUUGCAACCCCUGGAAAAGUUACUCAAGAACAGCUUGAUCGUGCUAAAGAGGCUACCAAGGCUGCAGUUCUGAUGAACUUGGAAUCAAGAAUUGUGGCAUCUGAAGAUAUUGGAAGACAGGUUCUAACUUAUGGGCAAAGGAAGCCCGUUGAGUACUUCGUGAAGGCUGUGGAGGCGACAACCCUGAGCGACAUCACUUCAGUUGCACAGAAGAUAAUCUCUUCACCGCUCACAUUGGCAUCGUGGGGCGACGUUAUCCACGUCCCGAGCUACGAGUCUGUCAGCCGGAAGUUCCUGUCCAAGUGAGGGUCGAGGAGUCGGCACCUUGGCCGUGCGACGCCAGCCCCUCGGCUGGAAUAAAAUCGUCGAUGCGGCGAAAUGUUUUGUCGAAUAGUUACGGAGAUUUGAAUAAUCGUAUAUACCGUGCACUGCAGUCCCUCUAAACCAGGCGACGCCGCGUGGUGUUUUAAGUCGAGCGACCUGCAUCGCUCUGCUUGUAUCUAUCGGGCGACAUGUUAACGACGUGGUGAAUUAGGUGUCUU